AUUCUCGCAAUGAAGAAACCAUUCAUUUCUCUUUCUCUCACUGCCUUUCUAUCUCUCUCAUAAAAACUCCUUUCCUUUUCCCCCAAUUUAACCCCCCAUCAAAUCAAAACCCUAAUUCCCCCCAUCUCCAAAAAUGACCAAACCCUUUCUGGGGUUUCAUCUCUUCUUCUCUUUUCUUAUUAUUAUUUUACCCACAAUCGUACACUCUCAAUCAGCCCCCAACGAUGCUGCUGUAAUGCAAGCCCUCAAAACCAACCUCACUCCAAAAUCACUCGACUGGUCCGACCCCAACCCUUGCAACUGGAAACAAAUCCAAUGCUCUAGAGACAACCGGGUCACCCGGAUCCAACUCGGUAACCAGAACCUCCAAGGCACUCUGCCUCAAACCCUCAACAACUUAACAGAGCUUCAAGUUCUCGAGUUUCAAAACAACCAACUCACUGGUCCGCUUCCGAGUCUCUCCGGGCUGACUCAGCUUCAAAACCUCCUACUCAGUUACAACAAUUUCACCUCAAUCCCUUCCGAUUUCUUCACCGGUAUGUCUUCGUUACAACAUGUUUACCUCGAUUACGUCACCUUUUCGUCAUGGGUUCUUCCAGAAACUCUAAAAUCUGCAUCAAGUUUACAAGUUUUCUCCGCCACGUCAGCAAACAUCACCGGAACCAUCCCAGAUUUCUUUGGCGGCGACUCCUUCUCCGGACUCACUACUCUGCAUUUAGCUUUUAACUCGCUUGAAGGCGGGUUACCCGACUCGUUUUCGGGUUCUUCUAUUCAAAGCUUGUGGUUAAACGGUCAAACCAGCCGGUCAAAGUUAAACGGAACUCUUGAUGUUAUAAAAAACAUGACUCAAUUAACUCAAGUUUGGCUUCACGGGAAUAUGUUUACUGGCCCGUUACCCGAUUUUUCCGGUUUGAAUGAGUUGCAGAACUUUAGUGUUAGAGAUAAUAGUUUAACCGGUCCGGUUCCGGAGUCGUUAACCGGGUUACAGUCUCUUAAAGUUGUGAAUUUGACUAAUAAUAUGUUCCAGGGACCGAAACCCAGUUUUGGUAAGUCGGUUGAGGUCGAUUUAUCAGGUACGAAUAAUUUUUGUUUGCCGGAUCCGGGUGUUGGGUGUGAUGAUCGGGUUAAUAAGUUGCUUGCGGUUGUGAAAUCGGUUGGGUAUCCGCGGGUUUUUGCGGAUAAUUGGAAGGGGAAUGAUCCUUGUGCAUCUUGGUUAGGGAUUACUUGUUCACCUAGUGGGAAUAUUACUGUGGUUAAUUUUCAAAGAAUGGGGUUAACCGGGGGUAUUUCGCCUGAUUUCGCGGCCAUUAAGUCGCUGCAGAAGUUGCUUCUUGCGGGUAAUAAUCUUUCGGGGACGAUUCCGGAUGAGCUUAAGGAUUUGCCGAAUUUGGUAGAGCUUGAUGUUUCCAACAAUCAGCUUUAUGGGCGGGUUCCUGAGUUUAAGCAGAGUGUGAAGGUGAGAACCGAAGGGAAUGUUGAUAUUGGGAAGGACAGGCCUAGUACGACUCCUGUUUCACCUGCUGGUAGUGGAAAAGGCGGUGAUGGUGGUGGUGGUGGUGGGAAGAGUGGGAAGGGUGGGAAGACUGGGGUGGUUGUGGGAUCGGUUGUAGGCGGGUUGGUGGUGGUCGCCGGUUUGCUAGGUGUCUGCGUGUUGUACACGCGUAAACGGAAGCGUGCUAGUGGUGUACCGUAUCAAAACACGAUGGUGAUUCAUCCUCGCCAUUCGACUUCGGAUGGUGAUGGGGUUAAGAUUACUGUCGCGGGUUCAAGCACAACUGGUGGGCCGAGUGAAAGCUUUAGUCAAUCGAGUAGCGGGGGUCGAGACAUUCAUGUUGUUGAAGCGGGCAAUAUGGUGAUUUCGAUCCAGGUUUUGCGAAACGUCACGAACAAUUUCAGUCAAGAUAACAUACUCGGGAAAGGUGGGUUCGGGACAGUUUACAAAGGGGAGUUGCACGAUGGGACAAAGAUCGCGGUUAAGAGGAUGGAAUCGGGUGUCAUGAGUGAAAAGGGGCUUGAUGAGUUUAAAUCCGAGAUCGCAGUUUUAACGAAGGUUAGACAUAGGCAUUUGGUGGCACUUCUCGGGUACUGUUUGGACGGAAACGAGAGGCUUCUUGUUUACGAGUAUAUGCCUCAAGGGACGCUUAGUCGGUUUUUAUUCGAUUGGCAAAAAGAAGAUUUGAAACCGCUCGAAUGGACAAAGAGAUUGAUUAUCGCUUUAGAUGUUGCUCGAGGUGUCGAGUAUUUACAUGGGUUGGCACAACAAAGUUUUAUUCAUAGAGAUCUUAAACCAUCCAACAUUCUUCUCGGUGAUGAUAUGCGGGCUAAAGUUUCAGACUUUGGGCUUGUUCGACUUGCUCCAGACGGGAAAGCUUCACUUGUGACAAGAUUAGCCGGGACAUUCGGAUAUCUUGCACCCGAAUAUGCAGUAACGGGCCGGGUCACGACCAAAAUCGACGUGUUCAGUUUUGGAGUAAUAUUAAUGGAAUUGAUAACGGGCCGAAGAGCCCUCGAUGAAACACAACCAGAGGAAAGCGUCCACUUGGUGCAAUGGUUCAGACGAAUGCACAUAAACAAAGACACCUUCCGAAAGGCCAUUGACCCAACCCUUGAUCUCGAUGAAGAAGCUCUAGCCAGCGUGAGUACAGUGGCUGAACUAGCGGGCCACUGCUGUGCCCGUGAACCACACCAACGACCUGAUAUGAGCCAUGCGGUCAAUGUCCUAUCCUCCCUAGCUGAGCUCUGGAAACCGUCUGAACCCGACCCUGAUGACAUUUACGGAAUUGACCUCGAUAUGACUUUACCGCAAGCGGUCAAGAAGUGGCAAGCGUUGGAGGGUACAAGCGGGUACGAUAACUCAGUCAUCGGAAGCAACGAUAAUACACAAACAAGCAUACCAACUCGGCCAUCGGGUUUCGCUGAGUCGUUCACUUCACAGGAUGGACGGUGAUGAUCGAUCGAAAACCGGAUUCUAUUCUUGUUUGGGAUUGUUUUGUUCAUUCUUUCUUAUGCUUGUUUAUCUGCUUAAGUUGUUUAAUUAUCAGAUGUAUGUCUUUCAUUUUGGAUAGUUUUUGACUUGAUGAUGCUUGUUAGUGUUUUGAAUUUCAAAAUUACCAAAAACAAUAGGGAAUUCCUGCAAAUUUUUUUGACUUC